UGCAGUUCACGGAACGGUAAAAAUGUCGCUCUGCCACAAAUAUCAAUAAUUUAUCUACGCGACACACCUCUCACCAUCCAGGGGAUAACAUUACAAUCUCGACUAGAGAAGCUUACCUCGGAUAAUGCCCUACAGUGUCUGGGCCCUCAAAUAUGUCUAGAGUCUUGCACCAGGUACUGCUCCUGGACUUGGAGCUAGAUCGCAAACGCUUUUACGGCAAGGAUGAGAUCAAGCCCUGGUUACAGGAAUGCCUAUCCAAAGAAAGAAACAUCCACAUUGUCAUUGAACGACUGGACACAAGCAAGAUCAUUUUCAAGUGUAAGAACAACGUCAAAAAGGAAAUCACAAAGCCCUCCAACACCAAGUCACAGGUCCGCCGACAUACGACAUGCCCAUUCAAGAUAAGGGCAAACUAUUCGUUGAAAAACAAGUACUGGUCCUUGGUGGUUAUCAACGACUCCCACGACCAUCUAAUAGAGGAUCACCGAUCCAAACCUAGCGCUGGUGCUAGUGGCAAGUCCGAGACAGCUCCCAUUUCUUCGGGCCUAGGGGAUGCUUCGUACUCUCGUGUGGACGAUAUGUUCAACCCCAGUCCUGAAGAGCCUCCGCAGAUGGGAAUUCCUUCGACAUCCAAUAACACGUCUGCUUCCGAUGUGUUCAGCAACUUGAUGGGCUCCACAGGCUCGAUCACCUCGGUGGCCCUAUCCGACACCACCACUCCUAAGAAAGAUAAAGACAUGACCGAAUACACUACUCAACAAUCGUAUUUUGCGCCUUCUCCAGAUAAUAGGAAGCGUGGCAUGGCUGUGUCUUUUGGGAACAGGCAACCUCAGGCUUCGAAAACGUCUAUUCGGGCAAUUACUGAUGACGAGGUAAGAAAAAUCACAGAGUCAAGGUCUGCUGAUGAUGUGGCCCUGUUCUUGAGAAAGGAAACUAACCGUUUGGUGAAUCUUGCUAUUUUGAACAAUGCUAACUUAUCGAAAAGAGAGAAAACCUCCCUUCUUGAUUCGGUCUCUUCUCAAUUCAUCUUGGACCACAAGGAUCAUCUAAGUGAAAAGUUCAUUGAACUGCUACAGCAGAAUAGAUUGAAACGAAAGGACGAAACAGUAGAAGAUCAACGCAAGCGCCAGCGCAACAAACAACUCCUGGUCGAUCAAAGUCGAAUUCUACCGUCUCAGAAACAGUAUCAACAGAGGAAAAGUAUUUUGAACAGUUGGCUUACCACGCCUACUCUGAAUUCAAAUGGCUUAACCACAAAUCCCACCACAAACUUAAUACCCUUAUCACCGUUGUUGAAUGAUAGUGAUAAUGAAUAUAGUGGCGCUGGCGCCAAUAAUGGAGGACUAGGAGGUAAUUCUUUUGAUGGACUCACCCAAAUUCCUUCAAAUGCAACUUUUACAAACCCUGCAAAUGGUAAUAAUAUCAUGGGCAAUGGCGUGAUGAUUCCAAACCAAGUCUUACAGAUACAAAACCAAACUCAACAGCUCCCAUCCUUCAAUUCUAUACAAAACCAGCUCCCUCUUUCACCAGGAAAUACUGCGCUCUCGUUGUUUGGGUCCAAUAUUUCAGGAAAUUCCUUAAUUCCUCCAAUCAGCAACGGCAAUAAUAACACCACGCUUAACCCUUCCCAUUUACUCAAAGGGUCGGGAACCAAGAACGCGUUGCUUAGUUUGAACCAGUCAACUUCCAAUUUGCUCGCGGACUCCAAGCUAGGGGGGUCGUUUCCCCUGUCGUCCACGAACGAGCUUCUCAAUAUUAAGUCCAGAAACGACACCAACAGUGCUACCAAUACCACCACCAGCAAUCUCAACAAUGUUCUAAGUUCUUCCAGCGACCCAACCAGCCAGCAGUUGAACCAGCUAAAUGCGUCGUCGUUCUUUUCAGGCAUGAAUAGUAACGUUAACACCAUCAACAACUUCCAGGGGACAGCCAGUGGCCAAACAAUUGGCAAUUCCAAUCCCAACGUCUCUGCCAACCUCCUCAACCAUAUGGGCAAUUUCAACGACCCUGGAUGGUAGCUGGUGCCAAGCGUGUGUGCGCCUGGUUAACUUUCAAUUCUUCACUGGGGCUCGUUACCCCAUCAAUUCUCAAUAGCUUUAUAGAGUAAUGUAUUGCACACAGCGCGAAGGCGAAAUAAUAA